AAAAAAGUGAUAUAAAUAAAAAAAAUAGAUCCCAAGUGAAAUUAAAGAACGCUUGUGGUUCAAGAUCUCAUGAUGAAGUUGAAUUCUAUAUGAUAGAUCCAGAAACUGGGAUUGAGAAGUCUGCCGACGAAGUUUGGCGUGCUCAGCAUAUGAAAAAGAAUGACAAAGGAGAGAUGGUGUGGUGUGAUGAGACAUCAAAAGCAAUUUAUGAAAAAAUAAAAGAGAUCGUUAACUUUGGAACUUUGUUGUCUAACAAAGAGAUAAUACUACAAGCCAAGGGCAAGCCCUCAUCUCGACGUGCUAAGAGACCAAAAAUCAUUUUAGUCGGGGAAGAAGUUAGAGCUGGAAUAAUAAAGGAGAUCUAUCAAGAGUUAAAACAACAGUUCGAUGCACAAUUAGAAGAAGCAAAUAAGAAAUGGGAACAGAAGUUUGCUGACCUCCAAGCGCAACAUGAGGAAGACAUGAGA